GGGUUUACCGCUAUAUAAGGGACGACAAGGCACAUUUCCCUCUGAGUCGUUCCUGCUGCCCAUCAGCCACGCUCCUGCCAUGGCUGCCGCUCUCCAGCCCCUCCGCGCCCUCAGCCGCGCCGCCAUGGAGCCUCGCCCGCGCCGCCUGCACCUCAGCGCUGCCCGGGGGGACGCCGUGGUGAUCUCGGGGAGGAAGCUGGCGCGGCAGAUCCGGCAGGAAGCGCGGCACGAGGUGCAGCAGUGGGUGGCUGCCGGCAACAGGCGGCCCCACCUGAGCGUGGUGCUGGUGGGGGAGAACCCGGCCAGCCACUCCUACGUCCUCAACAAAACCAAAGCAGCGGCUGAUGUGGGGAUCAGCAGUGAGACCAUCCUCAGGCCAGCCUCCAUCACCGAGGAGGAGCUGCUGGAGCUGAUUGCCAAACUCAACAGUGACACGGCCGUGGACGGGCUCCUGGUGCAGCUUCCCCUGCCUGAGCACAUCGACGAGCGCCGGGUCUGCAACGCCGUCAGCCCGCACAAGGACGUGGACGGGUUCCACGUGCUCAACGUGGGCAGGAUGUGCCUGGACCAGGACUCCAUGCUGCCUGCCACACCCCGGGGCGUCUGGGAGAUCAUCCAGAGGACAGGGAUCCCGACGCUGGGCAGGAACGUGGUGGUGGCGGGCAGGUCCAAGAACGUGGGCAUGCCCAUCGCCAUGCUGCUGCACACCGACGGCAGCCACGAGCGGCCCGGAGGUGACGCCACGGUGACGAUCUCGCACCGCUACACGCCCAAGGAGCAGCUGAAGCAGCACACCAUCCGUGCUGACAUCGUGGUGGCAGCUGCAGGCAUCCCCAACCUGAUCACGGCCGACAUGAUCAAGGAGGGGGCGGCCGUGAUCGACGUGGGCAUCACCCGGGUGCAGGACCCCGUCACAGCCCAGCCCAGGCUCGUGGGGGACGUGGAUUUUGAAGGGGUGAGGAAGAAGGCGAGUUACAUCACACCAGUGCCCGGCGGCGUGGGGCCCAUGACGGUGGCCAUGCUGAUGAAGAACACCAUCAUCGCUGCCAAGAAACUGCUGAAACCCCGCGAGCUCGAGGCUCUGCCUGCCUGAACAGAGCCAGGCUUAACCAGGGGUCCCUCAGAGCCAGGCUUAACCAGGGGUCCCUCUGAACACCACCAUUGCUGCCAAGAACCUGCUGAAACCCCGGGAGCUCGAGGCUCUGCCUGCCUGAACAGGGCUGGGCUUAACAAGGGGCCUCUCCAAGCCAGGUUUAAUGAGGCCCCCCUUGGAGCUGGGCCUAGCAAGGGGGCUCUCAGAGCUCAGGGCCUGGUGAGGGACCCUUGGAGCUGGCCUUAACGAGGGGCCCCUCAGAGCCAGGCCUAAGCAGGGCCCCUCAGAGCCAGGCCUAACCACGCCAUUCCAGCCUGACUCCCCGACAGGCCGACAGAAAAUGCAAUAUUUGUUAUUUAUUGUCCUGCACGUGGGGCCUUUCCCCACUGUGAGGUCACAGGUAUUUAUUGGCUGGGCUGGGAUUACCCAAACUCCUCCUGCUUGGCCUUAGAGCUGGGAUUAUCCACGCUCCUGCUUUGGUUUUGGGCUGGGAUUAUCCACACUCCUCCUGCUUUGUACCCACACUCCAGCUUUGUGUUUGAGCUGGGGUUACCCAGACUCAGCUUCGUGUUAGAGCUGGGGUUACCCAGACUCAGCUUUGUGUUUGAGCUGGGGUUACCCAGACUCAGCUUUGUGUUAGAGCUGGGGUUACCCAGACUCAGCUUUGUGUUUGAGCUGGGGUUACCCAGACUCAGCUUCGUGUUAGAGCUGGGGUUACCCAGACUCAGCUUUGUGUUUGAGCUGGGGUUACCCAGACUCAGCUUUGUGUUUGAGCUGGGGUUACCCACCCUGAUCUUGGCACUCCCAGUUCCCCCUCAGGGCUGGAUCUGUAGUUUAAGCUCUUCUCUAGAGGAAUUACUUGAACAAAAAACUAAAAUUAAAGCCAUACUUUAGUCCUGGGCCUGUGCAGGCCCUGGGCUGGUGUAGCCUGUUCUAGAGUGCAGCUAGGCUGGGCUUUUCUUGCUCUUUGGAUUGAGGGUGAAUUUUUUAAAGCCUUUUUUUGUAACCAAAGAACAGCUGGGGGUGGGGGAGCUUUCCUGCCCUGGGUGUAACGUGUGAGCAGUGCAGGCUGCCUCAAUAAAGUGUGAGAAGACCAAAACA